AUUGUAUAUAUUCCAGCCGGUUGUUUAACGGCUGAGGAGACAGAAGUACAUCUGGAGGUCCCGCCGCAUCCUUCUGUCGUCCCGGAACACAACCGGAGAUAAUCCGGUGAAUAUCAGCGAGCAGCGGUGCCCCUUUAGCCGCCGGCAGGCUCUCUUCUCCGGACUGAAACCCUCCAGAAACUUCGGCUGAGGAACAGAAACAAACAUGAACGGGACUGAGCUGAAACUGGCGGUGUACGACUUCGAGCGGCGCUUCGACGAGAGACGAGCUCUGGAAUGGAUGCAGGAGAACUGGACCAAGGGGUUCAUGUUCUGCGGCCUGUACGCUGCGUUCGUGUUCGGCGGGCAGCACUUCAUGAGGGAGCGGCCCAAGCUGAACCUGCGGCGCCCGCUGGUGCUGUGGUCGCUCAGCCUCGCCAUCUUCAGCAUCGUCGGCGCCCUGCGGACCGGACUCUACAUGCUGCACGUCAUCACCACCGGCGGCUUCAGAGAAUCCGUGUGUGACACCAGUUUCUACAGCGGCCCCGUCACCAAGUUCUGGGCCUACGCCUUCGCCAUCAGCAAGGCCCCCGAGCUGGGCGACACGGUGUUCAUCAUCCUGAGGAAGCAGCGUCUCAUCUUCCUGCACUGGUACCACCACAUCACCGUGCUGCUGUACUCCUGGUACUGCUACAAGGACCAGGUGGCGGGCGGCGGCUGGUUCAUGACCAUGAACUACGUGGUCCACUCCCUCAUGUACUCGUACUACACGGCGCGGGCGGCCGGGCUGCGGGUGCCGCGGCCCUUCGCCAUGCUCAUCACAGCCACGCAGAUCCUGCAGAUGGUGAUGGGGCUGACGGUGCUGGGCCUGGUCUACCGCUGGAUGCACCACCAACACUGCACCUCCACCCUGGACAACAUCACCUGGGGCUCCCUCAUGUACCUCAGCUACCUGCUCCUGUUUGCCUCCUUCUUCUACAACACCUACCUCAGAGGCUCCGCACACAAAGGCUCCAAGGCGGAGUAACGUGUCCCGCCAUGCUGCUGCAGCGAGAUGCCAACCUGUGAGUCUCCAGCUGCUCCGUCCUCUCUUUAUGGCAUCUACACAAGACUUUCUAUAAGAAUCUGUAGCUCAGACAGUGACACCUCCACAGAUUUAGAGCCGUAGCAAAGAGGAGAACGAGUUUAAUUUUAACUCAUGAUUAGUUCAUUAAGAAGGAGGAAAUAAGUAAAAUGUGACUAAUGUAGUUCUCACUUCAUUUAAA